UGGCUGAAGCAACGGCCACAUUUGAGGUAGCUUGCAAUGGCGAAGGCAUCAGGAACUCUGAUGUAGAGGCCACAAUUGCAAUUGCUGAGCAUUUUGAAAGCCCUGGUCAUGAUAUCUACAUGACUUGUAUUGUUAUUGCUAGAACUCUUGGGUUGCUGCUGAUGUCUAAAUGGCUUGUUAUGGCUAUUGUUAUUGAUUGAACUCUUGUGGUAUCUAGCCGCUGGUUUUGAAGUACCGGAAAGGACAAUUUUUCCGUGUUUGUUCAAUUCACAAAUCGUAAAUUUGCAACUAUAUGUGGUCACAGAGUGAUGGAGUCUCACGAUGAGAUGGGAUGCCAGACACCAGAACGUCCUAUUCUUUGCGUUAAUAAUUGUGGUUUCUUCGGAAGAGCAGCUACCAUGAACAUGUGUUCCAAGUGUUACAAGGACACACUGUUGAAGCAGGAACAGGACAAACUUGCCGCGACAUCGGUUGAAAACUUAGUGAAUGGCAGCUCCAGUGGGAAUGCAAAGCUUGCCGUGACUGCAGGUGCUGUUGAUAUACAUGUCAAAACUGUUAAGGCCAAGACAGUGUGCGUUGAGGUUCCCGAAAAUUCAAUCUCCGGUGAGAGUGUGGAGAUGAAAGCCAAGACUGGUCCCAGCAGAUGUGCCACUUGCCGGAAACGUGUUGGAUUAACUGGUUUCAGCUGCAAAUGUGGCAACCUCUUUUGUUCGAUGCACCGCUACUCUGAUAAACAUGAUUGCCCUUUUGAUUAUAGAACUGUUGGUCAGAAGGCCAUAGCUGAAGCCAACCCAGUAAUUAAGGCAGGUAAACUUGAUAAAAUCUAGCCAUGCACUAGAAUGAAGGGUUAAUUAAUAUAUGAAGCUUGAUGUGUCGUCUUUUAUCAGUGAAGUCCUCAUGUAUAUUGAACUGCCUGGGUUUUAGGUGUCCUUUAGGGUCUAAACUGACCUGUCACGAUAGGAAGGACACCUUUAAGGAAAACCGUUCCUUGUUUGUGCUGGUUUGAUGAAAACUUUGGCUCAUUUUGUAAUGAUUUCCUGCUUGGUCUGCAUUUAUUUUCUUCCUCAUUGCUUGAAAGAUAUUUCAUGCAUAGUCGUGUGUGUUAUUUUGCUAUUGUAUUGUCUUGGUAUAGUUUUUCAUUCACAAAUCACGUGCAGUAUUUUUUUGAUCACUAAA